AUGGAAUACAGAUACAUUACUGGUGUGCUACCAGAGGAGGAAGCUUAUGAACAGAAAAUGUUAAAGUAUGGACAUCUGACUUAUUCAGGAUCCUAUUCCUGUCUGGGCUACUCAGACCAGCAGUUAAAACAGUUUGAACCUAGUCUGGAUAUUGACAUAGUCAUUGCGACACUGAAUGCUGAAUGCAAAGCAAAAUGGGAAAUAAAGGAAGCAAUACAGUGGGUCACUGAACCAGCUGGGUUUAAAGCCUCAUGUAUUAAGGAGCCAACUUUUCCAGAUGAGGAUAUACAUAUCCAGAUGGGACAUGCAACUGUUUCAAAGCUUGGAGUGCUAGGAAUUGGUGCAGCAACCAGAGAACGCUGCCACAACAGAGUGAUAUUUAAACAUCUUCUACAAGCCAAGGCCUUGAGUUGUCUCCAAGUUGACAGCUGCAGGCUGGGAAGUGUGAAUGAAAGCUUGUCUGUGCUGCUGAUGGCCAAAAAUGUGGCAGUCAUCUCUAGUAUGGAUAUUGGCCUCUGUCAAUUAGUCCAGCACUUGAUUGUGUUUGAUUAUAUCCAAGUAUCUGAAAGGCUUGAAAAUAGGUACAAGCUUCACUUCAACUGCUAUUGGUAG